AUGAGGGGUUGUGGGCCAGCUGGAUUCCUAUCCAGUGAGCUACUACUGCAGUCGGGGCCUCUGAUCUGUCUAGACACAGCCCUCCUCUUGUCAGCCCUACCCUCGUCAGCCCUCCCCUCCUCAGCACUCCUCAGCCCUCCCAUCCUCAGCGCUCCUCAGCCACCCAGCUCUCCCCUCCUCAGCCCUCCCCGCCUCAGCCCCCCCUCCUCAGCCCCCUCCAGCUCUUCCCUCCUCAGCGCUCCUCAGCCCUCCCCACCUCAGCCCUCCUCACCUCAGCGCUCCUCAUGCCCUCCCCUCAUUAGCCCUCCUCAGCCCCCCCCUUCCCUCAGCCCCCCCCCCCUUCCAAAGCCCUCCCUUCCUCAGUACCCCUUCCUCAGCGCUGCUCAGCCCCCCUUACUCAGCCCUCCUCUCCUCAGCCCCCACCCCUCAGCCCUCCCCUUCUCAGCCAACCCCUCUUCACCCCCCCCCCCCCCUCGUCAGCCCUCCCCACCUCAGCCUUCCCCUCCUCAGCACUCCUCAGCCCCCCCCUUCUUCAGCCCCUACCUAGAACCUGCCACACACAAAGAUGAGCUCUCAUUCCUUCCUCAGCCCUCCUCUCGUCAGCCCUCCCCUCGUCAGCCCCCUCGCCUCAGCCCUCCCCUCCUCAGCCCUCCUCUCGUCAGCUCCCCUCCUCAGCCCCUCCCCUUUUCAGCGAUCCUCCGCUCCACAGCCCUCCCCUUGUCAGCCCUCCUCUUGUCAGCCCUCCCCUCCUCAGCCUUCCCAUCCUCAGCGCUCCUCAGCCCUCCUCUCGUCAGCCCUCCCCUCCUCAGCCCUCCCCUCCUUAGCGCUCCUCAGCCCUCCCCUCCUCAGCCCUCCCCUCCUCAGCGCUCCUCAGCCCUCCUCUCGUCAGCCCUCCCCUCCUCAGCCCUCCCCUCCUCAGCCCGCCCCUCCUCAGCGCUCCUCAGCCCUCCUCUCGUCAGCCCCCCCUCCUCAGCCUUCCCCUCCUCAGCACUCCUCAGCCCCCCCCUCUUCAGCCCCUACCUAGAACCUGCCACACACAAAGAUGAGCUCUCAUCCCUUCCUCAGCCCUCCCCCUCAGCCCCUCCUCAGCCCUCCCCUCCUCAGCCCUCCCCUCGUCAGCCCUCCCCACCUCAGCCCUCCACCCCUCCUCAGCCCUCCCCUUGUCAGCCCUCCUCUCAUCAGCCCUCCCCUCUUCAGCGCUCCUCAUCCCCUCCUCCUCUGCCUGCCCCUCGUCAGCCCCCCUCCUCAGCCUUCCUAUCUUCAGCACUCCUUAGCCCCCCCCUCUUCAGCCCCUUCCUAGAACCUGCCACACACAAAGAUGAGCGCUCAUCCCUUCCGCAGCCCUCCCCUCCUCAGCCCCCACGCCUCCUCAGCCCCCCCCCCCCCAGCUCUCCCCUCCUCAGCCCUCGCCUCCUCAGCGCUCCUCAGCCCUCCCCUCCUCAGCCCUCCCCUCCUCAGCGCUCCUCAGCCCUCCUCUCGUCAGCCCUCCCCUCCUCAGCCCUCCCCUCCUCAGCGCUCCUCAGCCCUCCCCUCCUCAGCCCGCCCCUCCUCAGCGCUCCUCAGUCCUCCUCUCAUCAGCCCUCCCCUCCCAAGCCCAGCUCUCCCCUCCUCAGCCCUCCCCUCCUCAGCCCUCCCCUCGUCAGCCCUCCCCAACUCAGCCCUCCCCACCUCAGCUCUUCCCUCCUCAGUGCUCCUCAGCCUUCCCCUCUUCAGCGCACCUCAGCCCUCUUCUCCUCAGCCCCCACCCGUCAGCCCUCCCCUCCUCAGCCCUCCCCACCUCAGCCCUCCCCUCUUCAGCACUCCUCAGCCCUCCUCUCUUCAGCUCUCCUCAGCCCUCCCCUCCUCAGCCCUCCCCACCUCAGCGCUCCUCAGCCCCCCCUCCUCAGCCCUCCCCUUCUCAGCUCCCCUCCUCAGCCCCUCCUCCUCAGCCCUCCCCUCUUCAGUGAUCCUCACUCCUCCCCUGCACAGCCCUCCCUCCUCAGCCCUCCACCCCUCCUCAGCCCUCCCCUUGUCAGCCCUCCUCUCAUCAGCCCUCCCCUCCUCAGCGCUCCUCAUCCCCUCCUCUGCCCGCCCCUCGUCAGCCCCCCUCCUCAGCCUUCCCCUCCUCAGCACUCCUCAGCCCCCCCCUCUUCAGCCCCUUCCUAG